GGUGAUCUUGAAAGGUCGUAGCCAAACGGAAGGGACUUUGCUUUGCUGCAUCAAGGAGUUAUGUCGAGUGCCAUGUCUGCUUCGGCUUUCGCGCGGUCCCGCGCGGCGUUGCGACGCAAGCCCAAACCGGUGAAGAAGGCGCUCGAUGAAGAGGAUUUAGAGGAGAUCAAGGAGGCUUUCCACCUCUUCGACACGGAUGGCAGUGGCAGCAUUGAUGUGCGUGAGUUGAAGGCUGCGAUGCGUGCACUCGGGUUCCAGGUGAAGAAGGCGGAGAUCCGCCAAAUGAUCGCAGACAUCGACAAGGACGAGUCGGGGACUAUCAACUUGGACGAGUUCAUCGAGAUGAUGACUGGGAAGAUGAACUCACGAGACUCGCGCGAAGAAAUCAUGAAGAUUUUUCAGCUAUUUGACGACGACAACACGGGCAAGAUCUCGUUCCGAAACUUGAAGCGUGUGUGCACUGAGCUUGGAGAAACGCUUACGGACGAAGAGAUGCAGGAGAUGAUCGAUGAGGCUGAUCGCGAUGGAGACGGGCUUAUCAACGAGGAAGAAUUUUUUCGCGUGAUGAAGAAGCGUAGCGGUAACCCUCUCGACGACCUUGACAGCGACGACGACUAACAACUUCACAAUACACUAUCAGAGCUGAGGUCUCUAAACUAGA